AUGGCAUAUCUUGCUGUCGCAGGCGCCUACGCUUUCGCGGCGUUGCUCGUUGCGAUAGUCUUGAAUGUAGCGCGCCAAUUGCUCGUUCGCAACGAGAAAGAACCACCUGUUGUCUUUCAUUGGAUACCCUUCCUGGGGAGCACAAUCAGCUAUGGAAUGGAUCCCUAUGCAUUCUUCUUCUCCUGCAGGAAAAAGUACGGAGACAUUUUCACCUUCGUGCUGCUGGGCAAAAAGACCACCGUAUACCUGGGCGUUCAAGGCAACGAUUUCAUCCUCAAUGGCAAACUCAAGGAUGUGAGCGCAGAAGAGGUCUACAGCCCUCUCACCACCCCGGUGUUCGGGUCCGACGUUGUGUACGACUGCCCUAAUUCCAAGCUGAUGGAACAAAAGAAAUUCAUCAAGUUUGGCCUCACACAAGCAGCACUCGAAUCACACGUCCAGCUGAUUGAAAAGGAAACUCUCGACUAUCUCCGGGACUCUCCACGGUUCAACGGCGCGAGUGGAGUUAUUGAUAUCCCUGCUGCCAUGGCUGAGAUUACAAUCUAUACUGCUGGACGCGCGUUGCAGGGCGAGGAGGUCCGCAAGAAGCUUACUGCAGAGUUCGCUGAACUGUAUCACGAUCUAGACAAGGGAUUCAGCCCCAUCAACUUUAUGCUCCCUUGGGCUCCGUUGCCGCACAACCGGAAGCGUGAUGCUGCUCAUGCUCGGAUGAGGGAGAUCUAUACGGACAUCAUCAACGAACGGCGCAAGAACCCAGAUGAGGAGAAGUCCGACAUGAUCUGGAACCUGAUGCACUGCACCUACAAGAACGGACAGCCGGUCCCGGACAAAGAGAUUGCUCACAUGAUGAUCACUCUGUUGAUGGCAGGACAACACUCCUCUUCCUCAAUUAGCUCUUGGAUCAUGCUGCGACUAGCCUCUGAGCCUCAAGUUCUUGAAGAGCUCUAUCAAGAACAGUUGGCCAGCCUCAGCAACAGGAACGGGGCCUUCGAGCCGCUGCAGUACCAAGACCUUGACAAGCUGCCACUCCUCCAGAGUGUCAUCAAGGAGACUUUACGAAUCCACUCGUCCAUCCACUCGAUCAUGCGCAAGGUGAAGAACCCGCUCCCAGUACCUGGCACAUCUUACGUUAUCCCUGAAGACCGUGUUCUACUCGCCUCACCAGGCGUAACAGCGCUUAGUGAUGAGUACUUCCCCAACGCAACCCGGUGGGAUCCACACCGUUGGGAGAACCAGCCUGACAAGGAGGAAGAAGGAGAGUUGGUCGACUACGGAUAUGGCAGCGUGUCUAAGGGCACUGCUAGUCCCUAUCUACCUUUUGGCGCUGGCCGCCACCGCUGCAUUGGAGAGAAGUUCGCCUACGUUAACCUGGGCGUCAUUAUCGCGACCAUCGUGCGCCACCUGAAGCUAUUCAAUGUGGAUGGCAGGAAAGGAGUGCCCGGAACCGAUUACUCCACUCUCUUCUCGGGUCCCUUGAAGCCUGCUAUCGUGGGCUGGGAGCGACGCUUCCCGGACAACCCUAAGGGGUCCUUGAACUAA